AUGAGGCCGCUCAAACCCCGGGAGAACACCAACGGCAUCGAUCUUGUUGGUGGACUUGGUGGCCGGCUGCUGUUCGGGAGCGGGGGUGCUGAGGAUCCGGCGCGCGACAUCGUCGCGCCAGCUGUGGAGGGCACAGCUGCCGUCCUGCGAGGAGCGGCCCGGCACAAAGGCAACCCACUGAAGCGCAUCAUAGUGACAUCCUCUGUCUGCGCAAUACACGAUUGUAACGCCAAGCAGCAACCCCGAGCUGGGCCCGGAAAGCCGUACACUGAGGAAGAUUGGAACGAGGUCUCCACGUUGGAGGAGGAGCCGUACUGGGUGUCCAAGGUGGAGGCGGAGCGCACUGCCUGGCGGCUGGCUUCGGAGCUGGGGUUGGAGGUGGUGACGGUGCUGCCCAAUUUCGUGAUGGGCCCCGUGGCAUCUGCUGAUGCAGCCGCGGGUAUCAGUGUGAGCUUCUUCAAGAGCAUUGUGGAGGCCUGUGAUGGUCCCGGAGACCCCAAGCCGCUCCCCUCGGGCUCAUGGACGUUCGCGGACGUGCGCGACGUGGCGGCGGCGCACGUGCUGGCAGCGGUGACUCCGGCGGCGGCGGGGCGGCGGUACAUCGUUAGCCAGCCUAAGUCAUCGAGCGCCAAGUCCAUCACGGACAUCCUCAAAGCCGCUGUUCCCCAGCUCGCCCACCUGCCCGACGGGGAGUCCGCACCCGAGGAGGAAAAAGUGGACGCCAGUCGUGUCGUACGGGAGCUGGGUCUGCAGUACACCCCGCUCCGCCGUACACUGACGGAUAUGGCGGAGUCGCUCAUCCGUUUGGGGCUGGCGACGCCGGCAGUCGCAGCACCAGCAGCAGCAUCGUCCUGA